AAACGCACCAAAAACCAAGGUUUGCUUCAUCGGUACUCCAUACAAGUAGACAACACAAGCCAUCAAAGAGAUCGAAGCGAAUUAGAGCGCACGAAAAUGGCAAAGCGGGUUCCGUUCUCCCUCCUCCUCGUCCUCCUGGUCGGCGGCUUCCACGCGGCGACCGCCUCCGUGGAGGAGACGUGCGCGAGCGCCACGGCGAAGCACAAGGACCUGGAAUCCUUCUGCGUGACGACGCUCCAGGCGGCGCCCGGGAGCGCCACCGCGGACGCGCACGGGCUGGCCGUGAUCGCCACGAACCUGACGCUGGCCAACUACACGGAGGCCGUGGCCACGAUCAAGGACCUGCAGCGGCGCGGGGGAUGGCCGGAGCCCGCGCAGGCGGCGCUGGCCACGUGCCGGCAGCGGUACCUCGAGGCGCAGAACGUGGUGCACAGCGCCAUCCACGCGCUGGCCACGGGGCAGAAGCAGGCCUACGUGGCCGACAUGGGCGUCGUCAGGAAGGCCCCCGUGGACUGCCAGGGCGCGUUCGGCAAAAUUGGGGGCGGCGCUGCGGCCGCGGCGGAGAAGGAGGGCUCGCUGCUGCUCAAGGUGAACGAUGACGCCCAAGCCCUGACCACCCUGGACGUGCUCAUCGUUCUGUCGUUGUAGCAGAGCAGGGGGAGGGUACACAUGAGAACUUGCCGUGCGCGGCAUUAGACAGAUCCAUCGAUGGAGAAGAAAUAAUCGAAUGUGUGAUUUGAGCUCUCUGUGUGUCUAUUUGUGUGGUUAAUUUUCAGUUUGAUGUUGCGAUUUCGAUCA